AACACAAAGGACUGCUUCCGUAUUGUUUAAGAGCGACGAACAACACAACACGAUGACCUCCAGAAACAACUACACCUUCGCCAACCAGGAUUCUAUUCCAUCUCCACUCGACAAACAACUUCCUGCCUUCUUUCGCUCCUGGGACGAUCCCAAUUCCAAUCAUGAGUAUCUCAAUCUCUUCGCACCGGAAGGCCAAUUAGUCUACGGCACAACGACCACAGGCCGUGAAGCAAUCCGCGCAUUUCGCGACACCAUGAUCCAUCCCAUCAACGGGCCCAUCGUGGACCUUGAGCACACCUUGAAAAAGUUUUAUGUUCUGGCGGGCGGAUCUGAGAAGGGAAAGCAGGAGGUUUUAGUUAAGGGGUCACUGUGGUAUAAGCUGCGAAAUGGCCGGAAGAUUGAUUUCGAUUUUGCUUCUGCCAUCAGGUUCGCGGAUGCGGGAGAUGGAAAAGAUCAGCAGGCAGAGUUUUAUGAGGUCUUCGUGGACUCUCAUGAGUUGAAACAAGCGAUCAAGGAGAUGAACGAGGCGGAGAAGAAGUAGCUUGAGAGAGGAAGACUGGAUGAGUUGUGUUUGGGGGGGCAUAUGUCAACACCCUAGCUGCUCUACUAGUUGCAGAUCUCUGAACGAUUGGGCAGAUCCAUCGGUUGGUUGAUCUCAUGGCGGCUCUGCUCGUGAGCUUCCACACAACAGUACCGGUUGUAACAAGGUCAUCUCUUGAUUUGGACCGGGUCCCGGACUUGUCUGUGGUCUUAGUAAGAUGAAUUCCUCAGCUAUGCCAUAGAGAUACUUAUGCCUCGGUAUAGGGGGCAUCGUCACUGUCGUUCGUUAUUUUCC